AUGACUCAGGACGGAGAACCCCAAGCUAAGCGAGUGAAAGAAAGUGAAGACAACGAGGAGAAAAACACUCCUGUUGAGAAAAAUGAAAGUGAAAACGAAAGAAAUUACGAUCAGGAGCUGCUUGAGGCGGCAAAGGCAAACGACUUCGAAAAAGUAAAAGAGCUGAUUGAGAAAUACGACGCUGAUACAACUCAUCAGGAAGAUGAGACUGGAUCAAGCGCACUGAUGUUGGCUGCUGCUCAUGGAAACUGCGAAAUGAUCCAGUUUCUCCUCGAAAAUCACGCUGUCUGGAACGCUGUCGACCGACAACACAAGUGCGCCGGCGAUUACGCCGUCGACGGAGGCCACCAGCCGGCGAUCGACAAAUUGCUGCGACACGGUGUGAUCAGCGAAAUGCUCCUUGGGCGUGCUGCAUUGAACGCGACAAAGGAGCAAAAACAAAAGAAAAUGGACGCGCAAGGUUUCGAAGACAACCGCGCUUAUUUACGAUCCAAGCUCAAAUACGAUAAUAACAAGGUCGAAGGCCUCUUGCUGGACGAUAAGGAGGAUGCAGUGAUGAUGUCCUGGGAGACCAAGUUGAUGGAAGAGCAUGCAAGGCUGAUUUGUCACAACAAAGGCAGUGUGCUGAAUGUUGGACAUGGAAUGGGAAUUGUUGAUGGAAAAAUUCAGGCGAAUAACCCAGCUCACCAUACAAUUAUCGAAGCUCAUCCAGACGUCCUCAAGCGGCUCCGAGAAACCGGCUGGUACGACAAGCCAAAUGUGACGAUCCUAGAAGGCCGAUGGCAAGACGUCAUUCACAAGGCUGGCCCUUUUGAUGGUGUCUUUUACGAUACAUACGCGGAGGAUGAUGCCGAUUUGAAAGAAUUCCACUCGCAUCUGCCGCGAAUUUUAAAGGAAAAUGGAAUUUACUCGUUUUACAACGGCUGCUGCCCGGAUAACUUGUUUUUCCACGGUGUUGCUUGCGAGGUUAUGAAGCUGGAACUGGAGGACUUGGGAUUGAGCUGCGAGUACACAGCGAUGGAAGUGAAUGUUUCCGAUCCGGAAAUGUGGGAAAAGGUCCGCAGAAGAUACUGGUACAGAAAUACGUACUACGUUCCUCUCUGCAAGAAGAUGGAAGUCUUGGACUGCACAUAA